GCGCAAGAAAAACAUUGCGGCAAACAGUGGGGGAGCGCGUAGAGCAUGUGAGAUUCAGAUAGCGGGUAACUUCCUCCUCACACGCUCAAACUACUGAGGCAAUUGUCUUGGCUGAAAAAGCAACUGCGACAAGCAAAGAGCAGCAGGGCCAGAAAGCACAGCCACGUCUGGACGGGAUUUCGCCAGUCUCCACAACGUUCGAACAGACAAUUUCUGGAGAGCCACAAUAAAUGAGGCAGGAUCAGGAUGGGCUCCCAGAAUGCAUUCUGCCCAGGAGGAAACUCUACCAUCUGCAACUGUUCCUAUAACAUGACCUCAUGGGAGCAAACCAUGGACCAUCUCUACACCUACUUCUACCUGAUCAUCUUCAUCCCUGGGUUGCUGGGCAACAGCCUGGCACUGUGGGUACUAUGUCGCUUCAUCAGCAGAAAGAAGACCAAAGCUAUCAUCUUCAUGAUCAACCUGGCGAUCGCUGACCUGGCUCACAUCCUGUCCCUGCCCCUCCGCAUCUACUACUACUUCAACCACACCUGGCCCUUCGGCAAGGGGCUGUGCAUGCUCUGCUUCUACCUGAAGUACCUCAACAUGUACGCCAGCAUCGCCUUCCUGGUGUGCAUUAGCAUCCAACGCUGCGUCUUCCUCAUGCACCCCUUCUGUGCCAAGAAGUGGAAGCGGCGCUACGACGUGCGCAUCAGCAUCGCCCUAUGGCUCGUGGUGGGCUUCUUCUGCUCCCCCUUCAUCAUCAUGAGGUCCAACUCCUCCUCCAACGCCAACGGCAGUGGCUGCUUCAAGGACCUGCCCACCCGCAAGCUGAGCCCACACCUGGUGGCGCCUAUGGUGGCCUUCGGCGAGCUCCUGGGCUUUGUGAUCCCACUGACCAUCAUCAUCUUCUGCUCCUAUAGCAUCACCCGGUCCCUGAGGCAGGACUUCCCCGGCCAGCAGACGGUCAGCGACAAGCACAAGGCCCUGCGCUUGGUGCUCGUGUGCACGGGGGUCUUCCUCUUCUGCUUCGCCCCCUACCACAUCAACUUCCUGUUCUACAUGAUGGCCACCCAGGACAUCAUCACGAGCUGCCCCCUGCAGCUGGUGGUCAUGCACUUCCACCCCAUCUCCCUCUGCAUCGCCAGCCUCAACUGCUGCCUCAACCCCCUCAUCUACUACUUCCUGACCACCGAGUUCCGUCAGCAGCUGUCCCGCCAUGGGAGCUCCGUGCUGAGGGGUCGUCUGAUGAGCCUGGAGAGCAGCUCCUCAAUCAGGGAGUAGUGGGGCAGAAGAAAGGGGCACACGCGUGGUACACGUACAGUCUGCUUGGCUUUACGGUGGUGUAAAGACUGGAGAAAUAGACUGCCGUGUCUGUGCCAGUGCUAAUGCUAAUGCUAAGUAUUUCUGAACUGCUGAAACGCCAUUGGAGUGUUGAGACUAAUGAGCCUGGCCGUACUGAGAAGUGACUCUCCUGUUCCCAUGCCUGUGAAAUACCUGAAGGCAUGAGACACAAGGGCAGUUCUAGCAGGUUACACAUGCCAAAACAUCCCACAUAGAGGAAAACAGCAAUAUGAGGCCAUAAAUAUGAUGCUUUCUAUAUUUCAGUUUUGGGUAUGACCUAGCAACCCAAUCGAUCUGCCCUUAAAGGACAGUUUAAUCAAUUUCAAAGUGCUUAUCUGCUUUUCUAUUGUAGGUUAUAUUGACUUUGAGCUGAAUAAUCUUGGCCAAGUAUUGUGAAUCCCAAAGACUUUAAGACGGUCUCUAAAAAUGGUGUUUCAUUGUUGUUCCUGUGUCAGAGAAACUUUUUUGAAUAAAAAUGCUUUACGCUUUUAAAGCUAAAAUUUUAAGUCUUUGACAGGGAUAUUCACAAAAUACUCAUUUUGAACAAAAUGCACAAUAGUGAAAAAGGUUAUGAAUACAAGUCAUGGCCAAUCCUCAAGCUAUUUUUUUAUUUUUGGAUGGAUACUGUCAGGUGAUGAGCCAAGCUUUAUUCCCUAACUUUUUAGCCCUUGGGGCAAGGGGUUUGCCUGCAAAAUCUGUUCUCUCUUUUCCCGGUCAAAUGUGAUAGAUGGGGAGAGAGGCUAUCAAAAGCUAGCUGAACUUACAGAUGUGUUCUUAACACACUAAUUUUUCAAUAAAAGCUGAAAU